AUGAAGCCCAUAGUCCAAAGAAGACGCUCUACCCCUUCUGCCAUUACUAAAGCUCUCAGCAAGUCAAAGUACCAUUCCAGGGAAACUACCCUUUCCUCUUCCCAUUCAGACAAUGGGCUGCCAGGUGGGGUGUUCAGCAGCCCAGGCUCCACUUGCAUCCUGGACGAGCGCGUGCAGCUGACCGUGGGCCUGCAGACACAGGAGAGACACUUGAUCUUGUGCAGUGAUGUGCUGGUCAUCGCCAAGUCCAAGUCCUCCUCCAGCCUGAAGCUGAAAAAGCAGGUGCACCUGAGUGAAGUGUGGACUGGAAGCUGUCUCAGCGAAGUGACAGAGAAGAAGAUGAGUCCUGAGAAUUCGUUUGUCAUUGGCUGGCCUACCACCAACUAUGUUGUUACCUUCAGCUCAGCUGACGUGAAGGAACGAUGGCUGUCAGCAUUACUGUGGCAUAUCAAUGAGGCAAAACAGAAUGAAUAUCUGAAGAAUCUAACCCUUCAGAUCUUUGUGCUGGACACUGACAACUGUUCUUCUACUACUGCAGUCAAUGUGUCCAAUGUGGAAACAGCAGAGAGUGUGAUGAAGAAGACCCUUCUACAGCUUGGACUUCCUGGCAGGACGAGUGAACACCACCUCUGGGUGAUCUCAGGAAAAGAUGACCCAGCUUACCCUCUCAUUGGGCACGAGCAUCCUUUCAGCAUCGCGUUGAACUGUCUCCGGGACUCUGCUGACCAGCAACAAGGAACCAAUAACAACACCCUCCUGGCUGAUGGGACAGAGGCUUCCUUCCUUGAUCAGCUCCCAAAGGAGAAACAGUGUCAGUUUGUCCUGAAACCCCGGCUCCAAGCUCCAGUGCAGAUGAGGAGAGAGUCACUGCAGAAACACACCAAGAGGAAGAAGUCCUUGAUUGACUGGGCCCUGCGCCGCAGCACCAGCACCCCCACGGGCAGCCCCCCUUCCCAGUCCCCUACCACCCCAAGGAAGCUCUUUGGCCUCUCUCUGUCCUCUGUCUGUCCUGAUGGGAUCCUUCCCAAGCCAAUCAUGGAUAUGUUGCUCCUGCUGUACCAUGAAGGUCCCUCUACUAGGGGCAUUUUCAGACGUUCUGCCAAUGCAAAGACAUGCAAGGAGCUGAAAGAGAAGCUGAACUCUGGAGAUGAUGUCCAGGUGGAUGGAGAGUCAGUCUUCGUGGCUGCAGCUGUCAUCACGGAUUUUCUCCGAAAUAUACCUGACAGUGUUCUAUCCUCAGACAUGCACGGACUGUGGAUGGAAGCUGUGGACACAGAAAAUCGGGCACGUAAGAUUGAAGCUAUCAAAAGUCUAGUGAACCAGCUUCCAGAGGCAAACCUCAUCUUACUCAGACACCUCUUUGGAGUCCUCCAUCAUAUCGAGCAGAAUUCUGGUGUGAAUCAGAUGAAUGCCUUUAACCUGGCUCUUUGCAUAGCACCCAAUAUGCUGUGGCUACCAAGUCCCACUGGGCCUGAAGAGGAGAGCAGGUCUACAAAAAAGGUGGCCUUAUUAGUGCAAUUCCUGAUUGAAAACUCGGGCGAGAUUUUUGGAGGUGACAUUGCUUCCUUGUUUCAAAGACCAGACAAAAAGAAUAUCAAAAACUCAGAGGAAUCUCUGGGUGUAGGCUUGGCUCAGCACGACGAGUCCUCCGACGAGCUGGAAUUUUCUGCUUGUGACCCAGAAGGGCCAGGACAGCACCUGGUACCUGACAUGGAUGCCAUUUUUGAACCAUCCGGCAGUCUGCUACUCGACGAGGAUCAGGAGGACUGGGACUUGUUCAGUGAAAUCACAGCCUGCUACCAGAGCCAGUGCCGGAAGAACGCCCGUGCCGACAGCUAUGACCUGCUGGAGGAGGAGGGCUCUUUCUGCUCCCUGGGCUCCAUCCGCUCGCUCAGCCCGGCCAGGGGCCGCUGCUCCUCGGAGCCCAGCGUCUGCCUCAGCUCUCAGCUCCCUGCUCAGAGCCACGAGCCGGUGGCCCGCCAGUCCAGCUGCGAUGCCACCAUCAUGCACAGCCACACCGACUACAUCCACAGGCUCAGGCAGCUGCAGGUAGAGAGCCAGAAGUUGAUUGAUGAAGGCCUAAGCCCGGGGGCUAAUAAAGCCAGGCAGAACUUGUGGCAGUCAGCUCAGACCAGCUCUCAGGUGAAGAAGUUCAGCCAUCACAAGUCCAGCCUGUCCAACAGGUCCAGCUUCUCUAGCUUGUCUUCUACCACCACCUCCCCAUCUGCCUCCUCGCUCAGCUCCCUAGACAGUGCUUUCUCCUACUGCUCAGAGUCGUCAGCCAUUAGUCCCACAGACGUCUCCUCCCUACCAUUCAUGUUUGGCACGUCUGCCAGGCUUCAUGCUGUGUCCCCCAAGGUUGCCAAGAAGUCCCCAAAAGAGUUGCACAAGUUCUUCACAUCUCCUGUGUCUUUAAACCCAUGUGACCUGCACAGUUUCCAUGAGUAUGACCCCAAGGCUGUAGAGAGCAGUCAUUGCUUUGGAGAGAGGAAAGGUUUUCCACCUCUCAGCAGAGCUGCUGUGGGAAGCCCGUUAACUGACAAGGACUGGGAAGAAGAGAUACAGCUGAGUUGUGUAGGGGGCCCUGGCCCAGGGCCCAGGAGCCAGGAUUAUACCAAAGAGUUUGAACAAACCCCAAACCCCCCGCCCCCCCCCUUAGCCAGCCAGAGCUCCCCGCAGCUCAGCCACGAGCAGCACAGGGAGAAGGCAGUGAAGACCAUAGAAAUCAGAAAUGUUGAGGCCUUCCCCGCAGGCCAGGAAAGCCUCAAGCGCACCAAGAUUACUUUUUAUGUGGCCCCCA